GCCAUCUGUAGAUCAGGAAGACAAAAAGACGCUCCUGAGCCUUGGCGUCGCUCAACAGGAUUGUCGAAGGUCAGGUGCCAAUGGUGAAAUGGACUUCAUGUCAGCAUGGAUUGUGUCUCCUUCAGCUCUACCCUUUCUCUGUCUCAUCUUGGGCACGCAUGCCCAGCAGGCCUUCAGGACUGAGCCCAGGAACCUCACUGUGCGGAUGGGAGCCACAGCUGUGUUGAGGUGUGAGGUGCUGCGGGCCUCAGGGACUGUGCAGUGGGUGAAAGAUGGCCUCCUCCUGGGACCACAGAGAAGGCUGCCAGGCUUUGAGCGCUACAGCAUGAUUGGAAACCUCAAGAGAGGACAGCAUCAUCUGCAGAUUGAGAAGACCUUGCUGGAAGAUGAAGCUUCAUAUGAAUGUCAAGCGGGACGAUCUGAUAGCAGUCAAGCUAUCAUUUCCAGCACAGCAUGGAUCUUCAUGUUAAUUCCUCCCUCCCAGCCGUACCUUAUGGUGGACAUGGCAACCCCCUGGGUGGCAGGGUCCAAGUACACGGUCACCUGUAUCGCCCCUGACGCAAAGCCCAUGGCUGAUAUCACACUCUAUAAAGAUGGAGUGGAUCUGACAGGUGCACAGUCUUUCACCAUGUCUGGCUCAAAGGAUAAGCUCCUGAACACGCAUGCCGAAGUAACGGUCACUGCUGUGAGCUCUGACAACGGGAGGCAGCUGGCAUGUCAUGCACAGAACCCCGCCCUCUUCCGGCCUGUGGAGACCACAAUGACCAUGAAGGUGCACUACCCACCUCAGCCUCCAGUUAUUUUGGGUCUAGAGAGAGAGGAAGUCAAAGAGGGAAGAACGCUCGUGUUGGAGUGUGUGUCUCAUGGUGGAAACCCCCUAGCCACUCUCCAAUGGACCAAGAAUGAAGAAGUUCUCUCAACAACGUGGGAAGAGGACGUUGUGGCGCGGAAGUCCAGCAGUAUCCUCUUCAUGAGAAUCCAUCCCACAGACAACCAGGCAGUGUUGUGCUGUGAAAGCGUCAAUAUGGUGUCUUCGUCACCUCUUUCUGUUAGCCGCAAAAUCACUGUGUUCUUUGAGCCGGCAGAGGUGACACUUUUGGGGUCGUUCACGGCCAUCGAGGGACAGGACAUAAAUAUGGGCUGCUACGCCACCUCCAGUAAUCCACCUGUCCAGAUCCGCUGGUGGCUGGGCUACAAGGAGCUCAACACAUCCGGAGAAGCUAUGGAAGAGGGAGACAAUGGUGGGAUGACAGCCAUGUCCAACAUGACCCACAGGGUCUCCCGGGAGGACGACGGACUGAAACUCACCUGUGAGGCUUUCAACAAGGGGACACACUUCUCCAAGACCCAGUUCGACAUACUCAAGGUCUACUACCCCCCUCAAAAUGUAUGGCUCGAUACCCCCCCUCCAGAUGUCCCUCUUCGUUCAGGCACCACGGUCCGUCUCGUCUGCUUCUCCACUGGAGGCAAUCCCACUGCGACUCUGACUUGGUUCAAGAAUGGACGGGCAGUCCACGAUGCACUGAGGCGUACGUCCUUUGAGCGGGGUGUGGCUCGAGAACUGAUCCUGGUUCUGACGCCAAGUGACAACAUGGCCACCUUCCGCUGUGAUGCCACAAAUAAAGCAAAGAAAACCAUUUCUGCCCAGACUAAGCUCAAGGUUCACUUCCUGGCAGUAAGUAUGAAGAUCUCAACCAAACAGGAGGUACAGCGUCAGGGACAGAUGCUAACUCUGGAGUGCCAGUCUGGAAGCAGCAACCCCCAGCCCAGCAUCCGCUGGAGUUUGGACACAGUCAGUAGGUUACAGGGAGUGGAGCAGCCCCCCAAGAGGGCUCAUUUUGGUGGUGUGUCAGUGCAGAGUUCCCUAUCCCUAAAUCUGAGUUCACUGCAUCACAACAAGCGUGUCAUCUGCCAGGCCUACACCCCGGAGCUAGCUGAGGGGGCUAACACAUUCUUUAAACUAAAUGUGCAUUACCCACCAGAAUUCAGCCCUAAGCAGCCGGCGCAGAUUCAGGUGUUGGAGGAUGACAUGGCAGUCAUCCCAUUGCUGCUCUCAGCUAACCCGGAGGAGGUCUCCUGCAUUUGGCUGCACCGCAGGGAGACGCUGGUCAAAGAGGGGAGUCUGCACUUCCACUGGUCAGACGACAACUCCCUGGAGAUCAAGAACGUGACAAGGAAACAUGCUGGAGUUUACACGGUCAAGUGUACAAACGAGGAGGGCGUCAACCAAGCCUCCAUCAUGCUGGAUGUUCUGUAUGCUCCCAGUGUCAAGGCAGAGAAAGACCCUGUGUUAGUGAACCUGGGGGAAACAGCAGACCUAAUAUGUGUGGCAGAUGCCAACCCCAUUAUAUCUGGCAUGUUCACUUGGAAAUGGCUGGGAGAAGGGGAGGUGGAGAUGGGAGAGGAGAACCAGCAAGAUGAAUCUGGCCUUCUGACCAUUCAUGAUGUGACUCGUGCUCAUGCUGGUCUUUACCAGUGCUCAGCCAAUAACGACAUAGCACCCCCCGCCACUGUGGAAGUGCAGCUGGUAGUACAAUUCAAACCUUAUCUUCAGAAAGGAGCCCAAUGGACGAAGGUAGCAAGUAGAGGCGAUGGCACCACAACGGCUGAGGUAGUGUGUCAGGCCGAAGGGAUUCCUCGCGUCGACUUCACUUGGGAAAAAAAAGGUGUUCGCAUGGACUUUGCCAACCCGAGGUAUGAGGAGCGGACCGUGAGGGAGGGCUCCUUUCACACCAGCACGGUUAGAGUUGUAAAUGUGAGCACGAAUCUGGACUACGCUGUCUUCAGCUGCACGGCUCGCAACUCGCUCGGGGAAGACACGCUCCACAUCCAGCUCGUCAGCACAAAUCACCCAGAUCCUCCUUCGUCGUUUGGCCAAGUCGACGUCUCCCACGACUCGGUCACUCUUGAUUGGAUCCCCAGCUUCAACGGUGGUCUGCGGCAAAGGUUUCGUGUAAGAUACCGUUGGGAUCAGUCAGACAGUUUUCUGUAUGUUGAUGUCUUUCCUCCCGGAGCUACAACCUUCACGGUCACCGGCCUGCAGCCUGUCACCACCUACAACUUCUCUGUCAAUGCCCUCAAUGCAAUGGGAGAGAGUGCCUAUGCUGACAAUAAUGCAAUACUGACCAUCACCACCAAGGAGAGGCCAGAAGGAGUCCCAACAGAUGAUGACUCAGUCUCACAGAGUGCAAGUGGCCUGCCCGCCUACUUGACAGUAGUGUUCACCGUGGUGUUUGGAGUCCUGCUGGUGUUUAAUUCAGUGGGUUGCUUCUUUGGUUUGAGGUGGAAAAGGAGGCGAGGCCAGACAGGGGGUAGAGGAGGCAGUGUGCUUGAUGGAAAGAAGAAUAAAGAGAUGGGGGGUAGUCAUUCAACUGUAAGCACCGCCAAUAAGUAUGAGAGCAGAGAGAAGAUCAACACGGCAGCCCAGCGCACCCUCCUCAUCGACUCCGGAUCUGAAACAGACACCCACGUCUACGAGAGCUACGCAGCGGGAAGUUCCCAUUAUUAUUACCCCAGCGGUGACUACAUGCCGCCUCUGAACCCUCACCCUGAGGAAACACGCAGGCACGAUGUCACCCGCCUCCCUGUGGAGCCUCACAGCCAUCUGUAUGAAGACGUAAGAGACAGGGGUCUGUACCAGGACAUCCUGGCUUCCACACUUCCUUCCCCUCCAUCCUUGUUCGACCACAGACUGCCUAAUCAGAGGAAUGAGUCGAGAUCAAAAGCAUACCCUCAGCAGGCUGCUGAAGGAGCGAGGGAUGUUCGACAACCGCCGAGAGAUUCUCAUCUUCCCUUUGAGCAACGAGGCGAAUUAGUCUAGAGUGGGAAGGUCAGAGCAAACAAAUACACUACGACAGGGCUCAACACAAGUCAUUGAGUACUGUAUUGUAUCGAAAAUACUGAAUGCUAAACGUUCUGAAUCAUCUCUCCCUAGUCUUAUAGAAUGUAGCUAUCACAUGAGUCAAGUCAAGCUUAAUGUGAUAUGCAACAUAAUACCGAAUUUCCCUUUUACGUCUUUCUGUAUACUUUGUUAACCUUGAGCGUUUUCGCCAGAUUGGGUGGACCUACAGUAGUACUGUAUGUUAAACUGAAGGAGCUUGAAAAGCAAAAACGAAUGGCAGAAUGAUGAAAUAUAUGAUGUAUAUGAUAUUACAUUACAUUACAUUGCAUUUAGCUGACGCUUUUAUCCAAAGCGACUUACAAUAAGUGCAUUCGACCAGGAAGACACAACCUUGAAGAAAACAGAAUCAUAUAAGUACAUCAGGUUUCAUAGAGCUAAACAUUUCAAGUGCUACUCAACUGGCUUUAGGUAAGCCAGUCCUUUAUUAGUAUAAAAGUGCUUCGUUAAUAGUUCUAUUGCUCAAUGUAUAUGAUAUUACCACACGCAACAUGAACAACAUUCAUUUCAAACACUUUUACAACAGACCGGCCGCUAGUUUAUAUCCGUCUCCCUCUGAUAUCACUCGUCCCAUGACCUCGCUUUGUUAUUUUGUCUUUAGAGCCAAGUCACGGUCACUACCCGCAGUCCCCCCCCCCCCCCCCCCCCAUCCUCCCAUUAGGCCUGCAGGUAGACAUGAAUCAGUCAGUUAGAGACAAAAAUGGACUGACAUCGCUGUAGUUGGCAACGGGGCAGAAGCAGCAGAGUCACAGUGCCUCCCAAGCAGACAACAUCCUUUUUGACCCAUCCAAUGUCAACAUUUUGAAACAUGUACAGAUGAAACCCGGAGACUGUGGCCUUUCCCUUCCCUCUCUAUACAAAGAGUUUCCCAGUAAGUCCGUGAAAUCCCGACAAUGGGAUCGCACCGAGUGGUUUUUAGCAUGGUUAUGUCUUCAGUAAGGUAAAGCCAUAUCUAGGGCCAGACUCUAAUCCUGUUUUCUCUCGGAUUGAAGUUUAGCUCACAGCAUCAGUGAGAGCGGGUGAGAGACCGUGUCGGGAAUUUGUCUCACUGAGAGUGGUCACUCACAGAGAGAUGGAUUCAGGAAGAGAGGGAUAAGCUGAUGCUGUGGCUACUGCUACAAAAAUAAUCGCUGGCCUCUUCCUUUGGUUUCCAUUAUUGUUCACACAAAAGCAAUUCACUGCAUUGCACUAACCACAGCCGAUACAAUCAUUGUAUUUAUUGAUAGGACUCCUUUCAAACCCAAAGUUGUUUUACACAAGAUAUACAAUUCAAAUCGACAAAUUAUAAACUCCAAUAUGAAAUCUAAAAGAAAUUGAGUAGAUAUGUGAUGGUUCUCUAAUAAAUUGGAAUGAGAUGGCACAACUGACUUAUGUUGUAUCAGAGCGCAAAAUAUUAUCUAAACAUAAUUUAGGAUUUCUUUCUACAAGAGGCUUACACUUGCGUCAGCUCGAGGUGUACACGUUAAUGGCACUCUCCUCGGCUGAGUUGCUACAUUAGCUAGCUGAGUAGAUGCAUUUUUCCUGCAUUAAACUGUUAUCAAUAAGGUCUGUGGAUCUUCUUGAGUUACCGUAUCAGGAUUUCCGAAAAAACAUCUAGUUACAUUAUAUUCAAGAGAGUGCUGACAUCUGUACAGACAAUAUCUCAAACACUGAGCACCUCAAGCCAACAUAUCUUAGAUUAAAACAGCACCACAGGUAAGAUACAUAGUUAGUAAUUGUAUGUGAAUUGUUCUUUUAAGCUCAACAUUGCUUAAAGCUUAAUGCUAAUAUCAGUGUGCUAAUAUGAUAACAAUGACAAUUGAUGUUUAGCAGGAGUAAGGUUCAUCUGCUACACCACCUUAGUUUAGCCUGUCAGGAAGCUAACAUUUGCGAGUUAGCUGAUGGAGAUGUCAUUAUCUUUCAUAAACCAAAGUAGUGGGCUAAAUAAAAUGUUAACCUGUUAAUGGGAUAGUUGAAGAGGAGGAGAGGAACAUGACUGUUUAGACAAACUUUCAUUGCAAUCCAUCAAAUAGCUGUUGAGAUAUUUCAGUCUGGAUCAAAGCUAGUGUGGUUUAACAAAUCCAAAGCUUGGUACUGACUCAGCCAUCCUAUCUUCAAGCAGGUCUUUAAAGAAAAAAUUCGACAUAUAUAUAUUUUUGAUUAAUAACGUUUAAAGCUGCAGUCUAAUACUAUCACUGACAUGCAGCCUAAAAACCUAAAGAACACAACAGAGACAAUAUGGCACUUUGUUAUACAACAACAAGGUUCGAGGGCUCUGUGUGUUUGGGUACUGUUAUGCAGAAAUCAGAGACACUUGCUCAAAGUUCCCAUAGCUCUUUAAGCUGCUGCCUUGUACAAUACACAAAUAGGGGAAGGGCUUUUUCUAUAUCUGUGUACACAAUAGUUAUGCAUGCAUCCUGGUUCUGCUUCCAGCUAAUGCUAUUCCCUCACGCACGUUUCACCAGUCUCAUGAGAACACACACAUCACACAGCACAGAUGACACUAUUAGAUGAGACACACAGUUUAUAAUAACAGUGUUUAUCUUAAUGUAUCGGUCGUCAGUAGAAGUGUACAUUUUUUUCUUUACUAUUUUGUUGAAGGUGCUUUAUACCUUUUUUGUUGUUGUUGCUGAACCAAGUUUCACAAUACUGUAAAACACAUCGGAAAUAUGUACACUUUAUAUUUAUGUUGUUGUUAUCCACACGUUUGCACAACCUACACCAUUCUGUUUCCUCAAUAGGGCUUGACUGCCUGGAGAUAAAUCUCAAUAUUUCACAUGAAUGUGUUCCUUCAAUUAGUCUCCCUAGUCUCCAUCAUGAGCUGUCAAGGUGUGUUUGUCUCAUUACUGAGCCAUUGUUUAAGUUCCUGUCAAGAUGACUGCUGUGUUCAUUCCUCAGCCUGUUCAUGAUGCAUCCUUUCUGCUCAGGCACAAACGCUAAUCUGCUCAAGUGAAGGCUUGACAGCUCAAUACUGUACCUCAACCUCUGUUUUUCCUCAUGAACGUUUUGAUAUGAUGCGUUCAGAAGAAUCUCGGGGGAGAUUGAACACUCAUUCUGCACGAGUGAACAUUUAGGUCAAAAGAGAAACAAAAAUGAGACUCUAAUUACCUCAGCCCCAGGAGAGUCUUCACAUUUCCCCCCUCUCAUGAAUGUUUUUCUUUCUGGAAAACAAAUAUGAGAUUGAAUAACACUCAUUUAUGACUUUAACAGGUUGUGCUACCAGUGGGGAGCUAACUCAAAUUUAACUCAAAUUGCUGCGAACCCUGUCAUUGCUGUCAUUAUUCCGAUUUUUUCAAUUUCAAAUAGUUAGAAAUCAAAUCAAAAGCAAUCACAGGUUUUACAAAUUAGAACAUGAUUGUAGCGGCUGUUAUUAUGUCUCACUUGUGCCUGUGAUCUCCUGUUGUCAGUUGGGAUGUAAUUGGCCUGCCAAUGGAUAAAAUAAUACAACUGAACAAAUAUAACAGGCGUCCAUUAAGGAAAACUAGGGAGUGAAAACACAAUAGAUUGUUCAUUUUAAUAAGGUCAGAUCUGAACGCAUAUUGAAACUAAAAGAACAUCACCGUCUUGUCCAUAGUGUAUCAGACUACAUGGAGACACACGGGUCAAAAUACAACAACAAAAAAUGGCUACAGAGAGAUUGCACGUAAAACAACAAGAAGUUGAGUCUGGGAUUUGAAUCAUUAUUAAAGCCCUGCGUACUUACACUGCAUAUUUGUCUCUAUCUGAAAUAGUGCAGAAUUAAUUAAGCAAAAUUCAAAUCCAGACAAGCCGUACUCUCCUGGUAUAUCCCCCCAAAGGUAUACAGUUUAUUCAACAAAAGAAAAAUAACUUUCUCUUUCAAGUCUCAGUCGAACCAGGGUGUCUUUUUUAUUUUUCACUUGUAAGCACAUUUAAAUCCAAACGUCCCUCUCUGCAUAUUACUCAUUUAAAUACACACUUACUCCCACUCCAACACUACGAUAACAUGAUGACAAAAGAACAAAGAAAUGAAUAACAAGCUGUUACUAUUAACUGAGUAUAAUAUGACACUCAGUUAAAAUACAGUUUUUUGCAUUCAUACAUCACUUUCUGAAAUGUAGUUUUAAAGGUUUAUCCACACAUGUAUUAAAACCUACAUCCAUACAUCAAAUAAAUAUGUUCUGACCAGGAUUAAUAUAAAGCAGAGUUAAAGCCUGCAAUCAACAAAAAUCCUCCGCUCCAGAAACAACAACAACAAAUGUAAAAUGAAUAGCAAAAUGUGAAAGAGUCUCUGUGUCAAUCAGAUCAAUAGUUGUUAUUAAAAUGUCUCAGCAACCUUUCAUUGGACCAACUUUACUCUUAUAAAGUGGAGUAAAUACACUUCCCCCCCACCUGAUAGAUUAUUAAUGAUCAAUAAAGUGGAGCUAUAUUAAGGACGUUCAUUAUAGAGUGCUAACAGUUUCUUUAGAGCAAUCAUAGAAAUGUAAGGGAUGACAACUUGAACCAAAAGCUCUGUAGACAAAGACUGUUCUCUGCUAUUGAGGAUGAAUUGCAGGCUUUGUCUUCUGUAACAGUCUUGAUGUGUUCGUCAAAGUUAGAUAAUGCUGUUCGGCCGCAAUCCCACACCAAUCCUGCAGCCUCGGAGCAAUAACUCAACAAUCUGACAAAACCCAAGGAUGUGUUACCCCUUAAACCGCAAUUCAAUGUGAUUGACAUAAAGAUAUGUGAGUUUACAAAAGAGUUAUAGACUUUUUAAUAUGUUUUUUUAUUUCAUUUAUUGAAUGAUUGCUUCUAUAUGCUUGUUGAAAAGUAAAGUAUUAACUAUAGUUAUUUACAGCUACACAUAUUCACAAACAUCCUCAAUGUAAGUGUUCAAAGGAGGAUAUUUAAUAAAACUUCACCAAUAAAAUGUUAACAAGUCCA